AACACUGUGGUCGCAUUCCGUUCACCAACACUACAGCGCUGAACGAGAUUCCUCCAUCCACCAUCCAUUUCUUUUAUUUAAUUAGUUUUAAUUUACCUUUCUAACUCUAAUUUAUUGAAAGCCUUUUAAUUUCGCUGCUCCUGUCUUCGGUUCGGUUCACUUCGCAUCCAAUCGGUUCGGUUGGGCCCGAUCCCGAAGAUCAGAUACAAAAAAAGAGUCCAAACCAAAGAAGCGACUCUCGGUGUGGAAAAUUGUGAGAAGGGGAAAAAAUGUCGAAGAACAAGAUAAACACAACGUCCGCUGCAGCGGCCAGCGGGGAAACGAAUCUGAUCGAGGUGAAAUCGAAGUUCGAUGCGGAGUUCCGGCGUUGGAGUUUCAAGCGCAACGAGACGGAGCAGAGCUUCGACAAGUUCGCGGCUCUGAUCGAGCAGCUGCACAAGCUGGCCAACAUACAGUUUCUCAUUCUGUAUAUAGAUCCGAGGGACAACGAUCUGCUGCCCAUUAACAACGACGACAACUUCGGACGAGCCCUGAAGACGGCACGCCCACUUCUGCGGGUAAUUGUUCAGAGAAAAGAUGAUCUGAACGAGUACUCCGGCUUUGGGACCAUGAAACCGAGAAACCUAAUAGGCAGCAUACUUAUGGGCCACACUCCGGUGAAGACCAAGGCGCCGUCGAUUUCCAUACCGCAUGAUUUUCGACAGGUGUCGGCCAUCAUAGACGUGGACAUUGUGCCGGAAACCCAUCGGAGGGUGAGGCUCCUGAAGCACGGCAGCGACAAGCCCUUGGGCUUCUACAUUCGGGACGGUACCUCAGUGCGGGUGACAGCAAGCGGCCUGGAGAAGCAGCCGGGAAUCUUCAUAUCCCGCUUGGUGCCGGGUGGCCUGGCGGAGAGCACCGGCUUGCUGGCGGUCAACGAUGAGGUGAUCGAGGUAAACGGCAUCGAGGUGGCCGGAAAGACUCUGGACCAAGUGACCGACAUGAUGGUGGCCAAUAGCUCGAAUCUGAUCAUCACAGUGAAGCCGGCCAACCAACGGACGCUGACGUCCACGCACCGCGGCUCGUUCUCCAGGAACAGCCAGCUCUCGAGCAGUUCGCAUCACACCAACAACACCAACACUUCUGACGAGAUCGAGCAUGACGACCAGGACGACAUAGUGGAUCUCACGGGAGUCACGUUGGACGAGAGCCCCACGUCCUCCGCCGCCAAUCACAACCACCAGCCGGCGGUGGCGUCCCAGCCGUCCCCACUACCUUCGUCCCAUCACCAGCCGGCGGGCUCAAACGCCUCCACGAUAAUGGCCAGCGACGUUAAGGACGGGGUGCUCCACUUGUAG